AUGUGUAAAUAUUUAAACCCAUGUACCAUCUUUCCCUCUUUGUUGUAUAACAGUUAAACGUGAUGUGAGCUAAUAAAUUGGAUAUUUUAUGGAUUUAUGAUUUUUUUAAAUGAUUUUUUUCAGUGACCUAACAUUCAGGGUGGUCAGAAACGCUUGCAAUACAGUAAUUACGCGGACGUAGGCCUACAUUUUGCACAAGGAACAAAAAAAUAUUCUACAAACUUCACUAAUGCAAACGCGGGGACGUGCACGCGCACAGCUGCCAAUGUGUUUAGGUCUCUCUCGCGCGCGCUUGCGCACGCCUUACUCACGUGAACGCGCUCUAAAUGUGCAAGGAUCUCUGGAGGCGUUAUAAAACAAACAUCUAACGUUAGUGUGUUAUUUUGGCGGAGAAAAUGGCUACUCGUAAACACAGAGGGAUACCCCUGAGCUCGCUCAAUCCUAAAUUUCUUCAUACAAACUCGACCAGCCAUACCUGGCCCUUUAGCGCUAUUGCUGAGCUGAUUGAUAAUGCUUAUGACCCAGAUGUUCGUGCCAAGCAGUUCUGGAUAGAUUGGACACACAUUAAAAACCUGGACUGCCUCUCAUUCAUGGAUAAUGGAACAGGAAUGACCAGAGCCAAACUGCAUAAGAUGCUCAGCUUUGGUUACAGUGACAAGAAAGCUGUGAAAGACCAUGUUCCGGUCGGUGUCUAUGGCAAUGGCUUUAAAUCAGGUUCCAUGCGUCUGGGGAAGGAUGCCAUCGUCUUCACUAAGACCAGAGACUCAAUGAGUGUAGGCCUGCUGUCACAGUCUUACCUGCAGGCCAUAAAAGCUCAACAGAUCAUGGUGCCUAUUCUUACCUUCAGACGGGAUGGACAAAACCUACCAGAGGAUGCAGCCAGUCUAGAUGCGAUCCUGAGACACUCACUUUUUAACACAGAGAAGGAGCUGUUCACUGAGCUGCGUGCCAUCAGCACUGCCGGACCCACCGGCACACGCAUCAUUAUCUGGAAUCUGCGCAUGACUACAAGUGGGGAGACAGAAUUCAACUUUGAUGCAGAUAAAUAUGAUAUUCAGAUCCGAGCAAAUGCUAGUGAGAAAACACGUGAGUGUCGAGCCAUGACACCUGAGAGUGACUAUUCACUAAGAGCAUACUGUAGCAUUUUGUAUCUGAAGCCACGUAUGCAAAUCAACAUUCGAGGACAAAGAGUGAAAACCCAGCUCAUCUCCAAGAGUCUUGCUUACAUUGCCAAUGACAACUACAGACCUUCAUUCCUAGCCAAACGUAUUCGGAUCACAUUUGGGUUCAACACCAAAAGCAAGGAGCAUUAUGGUAUCAUGAUGUACCACAAAAACAGACUCAUCAAGGCUUAUGAGAGAGUGAGCUGCCAAUGCAAGGUAGAGAGAAAAGGUGUUGGGGUCAUCGGUGUGAUUGAAUGUAAUUUCCUUCAACCGACUCACAACAAACAGGACUUUGAUGAUACAGAUAAAUACAGGAAAACCAUGCAUAACCUCAGCAUCAAGCUGGAAGAGUACUGGAAUGAGAUCCGCUACAAGCAGAAGAAAGAUGACCCAAAAUGCACAGUUCCGAUAGAGGAUACAGUGAAAAUUCCGGAUCAAGCCUGGGUGCAGUGCGACAGCUGUCUCAAGUGGAGAAGGCUUCCAGAUGGCUUCGACUGCAGCCGGCUGCCGGAGAAAUGGUUCUGCAACUUGAACCACGACCCACAAUUCAGGAGCUGUCUGGUGGAGGAGGAACUAGAGGAUCAAGAAGAAGAAAAGAAGUCAUACCCAAAACCCUUUAAACGCCAGAAGAGGAACAGUAGGAGUCUACAAGAUGAUCAUGGGCCUGAGGUAUUAGAUAUUCCAAUCCUGGAAGCUCCUGUUAAUGCCAGACAGCUGAAGAGUUCUGAAUUCUCCAAGCCAUAUCCUACAGAUCUGUUCAGUAAUAGUGCACCAAGCCUCAGUGUUUUGUCACCCACUUCUAAUGCUCAGAGAUCACCACUGCCUCUCAUUAAUCUCACUGCUCUCUCUGACUCACUGAAAAGGACUAAAAGGAAACUCUCUACUGCUGAAGAAAUGCCUCUAGCAGUGCAUCCUAUGCAUUAUACCACUUUCCCUGAUGGUGGCACAUUCAUUCACACACAUUCCAGUCUCGUGCCAAACAAAGAAGAGAGCAAAUGGGAGGGGAUGGAAAAGGAGAAAAAUGCAAAUGCAGACAAACAAGUAAACAACGAGGAGAGCAGUAAGAUGGAGACAUUUAUGCCAUAUCAGGAGCCUGUUCAGGAGGAGGAUGAGUGGUAUGCUGGAGAGGAAUCAUCCGCUACAGAAACCCAGUGCUGUAUAGCAGAGUUACACUCUAUGGAAUUGCAUGAUGAUAAUGAGGAGGUGUGGAGUAUGCAACAGCAGCAAGAUGAGUUGAUGGAGAUGAUGAAGCAGACGGCAGAGGAGAGGGACGCAUACGGGGAGGAGCUGGAGCUGCUGCGGGAUCACUGCACCACCCUGGAGGAUGAGCGGAGUCAGCUCCUCAGCAAGCUGGAAAGGCUGGAGGAAGAGAAAGCCAGCUUGUCCUCCAUGUGUGACCAACUAAAGUGCAAAGUGGAAAGGCUGAAAAUAGAGAAGGAAGGAAGGUCUAGAGAAGAUGCCCGAGGCGGAGAAGAGAAGCAGAAGCUGAGAAAGCUGCGUCUCAACCUGGGCCACCUGCUGGUCUCCUUCGUUCCCGAUCUCGACCUGCAGCAGGUGGACUUCAGCAGUGACGUCAUUGACGAGCUUCUCGACCAGGUCUUAAAGGAAGUCACUUAAGGUCAUGUCAGGGCUGUAUUACACGUCAGGUUUGCUAUUUCGUCAUGGUCAAUCAGCCAUUUUUUCACUGGUUUCACUGCUGGCUUAGCCAAGCUGAGAUCAUCGCUAUAAAAAAGUUCUUUACGACGGUGGCCCAGCCUGGGCUUAGCAGACAGUAACAGUGGUAAUUGAAUAUGUUUCUAAGUCAGUUUUAUUGCCCGUUGUUGCCACAUACAACUACUGUAAGUUGCUUGGUAAAUAUUUAGCAAGGAAUAGUAAUUUAAUGUGGCACAUCAUUACUAAAGUAUUUAUAUUUAUACAAAAAUAAUUUUCACAAUGUUAAUUGGUUAUAUGGAAUAUUUUAAUCAGUCAAAGUAUAAUUCACCCACAUAUAACCAACAUAUAAGGUGUAAGAGUAUUAACACAUGAUUAAUCAAAAAAAACAAGUUAAUCCACUAAACCUUAUGUUUAAGAGUGUAACCAAAUGUUAAUGAGUAUACUGGUACCUAUCGCUGAUGGGAAUGUAAUCUUUUUUCAAAAAUGGAGCUGGCUGUACCGUGCCUCCAUUUAAAACCAAGUAGGGAGGGAGAGUCAAGAAAAACGGGAAAAAAUGACACUGAUGAGAUCAGUGUCUUAGAAUUGUAUAAAAGCAUGUACCGAGGAUAAGUAUACCAGUUGAUCUACAGACCAGCUCGGCUUUGUUGUUUGCAUAAUAAAGUCUAUCUUUUGACAUCAAGA